AUGGGAAAGUUGAUCCAACACUUAAUGGUGCGCGCUAAGGCUUUCUUGAAAGUGAGAAAAGAUAAUACCUCCCUCCAGUCCUUUGAUUUUCCUCCAUUUCCAAUCAUUGCGAACAAGAAUAAUAAUAGGGAAACGUUGGUUUUGGUUGUUUCUGUGCUUUUUGGUAGCUCUGCUAUUCUCAAUGCUGUAUUGCUUGUAGCAAUAUGUUUCAGCACCUCCAUGAUUGUUCAGUACAAGAAGAAGCUUAGAAGAGUUAGCAGAAGUGAAACUAGUGUUGAAACCAAUUUGCGUUGCUUCACUUACGAAGAGCUUGAAGAAGCUACUAAUGGAUUUGACAAAGAGCUAGGAAGGGGAGCUUUUGGUAUAGUUUAUGAAGGAGUCGUCAACAACACAUGUUCCGAAACUCGUGUGGCUGUGAAAAAGUUGAACAAUUUUUUGUUGGAUCAAGCUCAUAGAGAAUUCAGGAAUGAACUGAAUGUCAUUGGUCUCACUCAUCAUAAGAACUUAGUUCGUUUACUUGGAUUUUGUGAGGGUGGAAGUGAAAGAUUGCUUGUUUAUGAGUACAUGAGCAAUGGCACUUUGGCAAGUUUACUUUUCAAUGCUGAUGAGAAACAGAAACCAAGUUGGAAACUAAGGCUUGAACUUGCAAUAGGAAUAGCAAGGGGACUUGUGUAUUUACAUGAAGAGUGCAUUACUAGGAUCAUCCACUGUGACAUAAAGCCUCAAAAUAUACUUCUUGAUGAUUACUUCAAUGCAAGAAUUUCUGACUUUGGACUAGCCAAGUUGAUGAACAUGAAUCAAAGCAAAACCAACACUGGCAUUAGGGGAACAAAAGGGUAUGUUGCACUUGAAUGGUUUAAGAACAUGCCUAUUGUUAAAUGA